ACAAAAGACAAAAUAAACUCGACAAGCACGCCCCUCAACCCCCGCGCUCUCUCCCUGUCUCUCUGCAAUUUCCAGGGUUUCCUGUUUUCGAUUACCCCACUCGAUUAAAAAAUCGGAGAGAUGGUUCUAUCACAGAAGAUUCACGAAGCAUUCAAAGGAACAGUGGAGAGAAUCACAGGUCCACGCACUGUUUCUGCCUUUAAAGAGAAAGGCGUUCUUAGUGUCAGCGAAUUCAUUCUGGCCGGCGACAAUCUCGUCUGUAAAUGCCCCACUUGGUCCUGGGAAUCUGGCGAGCCGAGCAAGAGGAAGCCUUACUUGCCUGCUGAGAAACAGUUUCUGAUUACUCGAAAUGUUCCUUGUCUACGAAGAGCUGCGUCUGUAGAAGAAGAGUAUGAAGCUGCUGGAGGUGAAGUUCUACUUGAUAAUGAAGAUAAUGAUGGAUGGCUAGCAACUCAUGGGAAACCUAAAGAAACUAAAGGUGAUGAGGAUGAGAAUGUGCCUUCAAUGGAGGCUCUAGAUAUCAGUGUUAAAAGAAUUCCUAUCCAAACAAACCCUUCAUACUUUGGGGAAGAGGAGGAGGAAGAUAUUCCUGACAUGGCAGACUUUGAAGACCCUGACAAUCUAAUCAAAUCAGAUCCUGCAACACUUCAGACUACAUAUGUAGUGGCUCACGAACCUGAUGAUGAUGAUAACAUUCUACGCACUCGAACAUAUGAUGUCAGCAUCACGUAUGAUAAAUAUUAUCAAACUCCUCGUGUAUGGCUUACUGGAUAUGAUGAGUCAAGGAUGCUUUUGCACCCAGAGCUUGUACUUGAAGAUGUUAGCCAAGACCAUGCACGCAAAACGGUAACUAUUGAAGACCAUCCUCACUUACCUGGGAAGCAUGCAUCAGUGCAUCCUUGCCGACAUGGGGCUGUAAUGAAGAAAAUUAUUGAUGUUCUAAUGUCUCACGGAGUUGAGCCAGAAGUUGGCAAGUACCUUUUCUUAUUUUUGAAAUUUGUAGCCUCUGUAAUUCCAACCAUUGAAUAUGACUACACCAUGGAUUUCGAUCUUGGUAGCUCAAGUAGCUGAUGUGAGGCUGAAACUGCGGUAAAUUCAAGAAAAAUCUUCUGGGGUGUUUGCAAUCAUUGCACUGUACAACUUCCAUAACAAUUAUUAUUGUACAUAAAUCCUAUAAACAAUUUCUUACUGAUACGCCUCAAUAACUGUGAAUCCCUUGUGUUCUUAUGAUCAUAUAUAGUUGUUUAUUUAUACAAUGUAAAUGCACAGUUUUAUUUGAAUUGUUUAUCGUGACAAGCCAUGUUCA